AUGUCAUCAACGUCGUCGCAACACUCAGGUAAAGAAGGUUCAACUCAUAAGCUGGAUGACCAGAAAAUCUCAAAGGUGCAUAUUCAUGGUGAAGGAGGUGAAUUUGUCACUAUAAAUGGCCAAAAGUUCUACCGUCAUGAGUUGAUGUCAGCAUUCGGUGGUACUUUGAAUCCAGGUGUUAGUCCAUACCCUGACAACCAAAUUAACCCAGCUCCUGUCGGAUUAUCGGGAUUCGCCUUGACUACCAUAGUCUUGAGUUUGUUCAACGCACAAGCAAUGGGUAUCAAUGUCCCCAACGUCGUGGUGUCAUUAGCUUGUAUGUAUGGAGGAACAGUUCAAUUUAUAGCUGGGCUUUUGGAAUUUGUCACUGGAAAUACAUUUGGUUUUACUGCUUUAACUUCGUAUGGUGCAUUUUGGAUAAGUUAUGCCGCUAUAUUCAUUGAAGCUUUUGGAAUUGAAGAUGCGUACAAGGAUACUGACCAAAUGGAGAAUGCUGUGGGAUUCUUUUUAUUGGGAUGGGCUAUCUUCACAUUUAUUUUAGUAUUGAACACCCUUAAGUCAACCCUUGCUUUCUUUAGUUUGUUUUUCUUCUUGUUGCUCACGUUUUUGCUAUUAGCUGGUGGUGCUUUUACAGGCCAUGUUGGAGUGACUCGUGCUGGAGGUGUUGUUGGAGUGAUCACUGGAUUUAUUGCUUGGUACAAUGCCUUCGCCGGUACUGCAACGAGAGUUAAUUCGUAUAUUGUUGCCCAUCCUAUCCAAUUACCUGUUUACAAGAGAGAUUAA